UCAUACCGAAAUUGGCUGUUAGACAGGUAUGCUAACUUUGAUGGCCAAUCUACAGGUGUUGAAAUCACAUUCGUAUUCAUGUGCAUGGAGUGGGGUCUUACAAAGUGGGAUUAUAUAUAAACAUACUUAUGUUUCUCGCUUAUCAGAUCGGUAUACCAACACGACAAUAUCGUAUACCAUAUACUGUGCUCUUUAAACCAUACUGAUAUUAAAUAGCUCUGAAAGUGUAAUAUCACACGUCUUGUUGAAAUCGUCAACCCUUUGACGUCGAGGCCUACCCAUACACUAACACUGUAAAAGUACGACCAUUAAAAGGAUUGGUUCGUCUUAAUUGGAACUCAAAUCAAACUAAAACCUUUGUACUGUUGCGUCUCAGUUUCGGCCCCGUGUUGGCUGUGUGGUGUAAAUCUGUGAGAAUCUGUGUCCGUCUGUAACUCCUGGACUUGGAUGGCCCUACUGAGUAUGUCCUGCUGGUUGUGUCCAGUGACUGCACGCUUCUUGUGGUGAUAUAGGUUUGGGAUAGUAAAACACACGGCAUAUCAAAUAGUAUAAACGUACUCGGAGCCAUAUCGAUCUACUGGUCAGGGUCAAAAUGAGCCGGAAACACUUAGGGCUUGUUAAAAGCAUGUCAGAGUGUCCAGCGAUAAACUUCAACAGCUCUCCGGACAACCGGGGUCUAUCCAUCUUGUGUAUAAAGCAGACCAACAGUGGAUCUUGUCACACGACUAAUCUGCAGUGAUUUAUACCAACUCUUUAACAUUUCGUUUCCAACAACGAUAGGUAUGUUCCUUCGUAAAAAAAAUGAAGGAUGGUAACAUGUCUUACUAAUAGAUAGUUGACAUUGUGUGCGUUCCACGUCGAUCGAACUCCAAUGAACCGACGAUAAUGACAAGCAGUACAGGUUGAGCUGUCACGGGCUACGUAGAAGAGCAAUAAAGAAGAAAAUAAUUUGAUGUAAUUUGUAUGUGUAUUAUGCACAGCCAAUCAAAUCAACAAUGAGCACAGCUGUUCUAAUGAGUGAUACAUGGAAACCGACGGUUAUCCAACUGGUGCCAUUCGCUAACAAUAAAGUGCGCACGUCAACCGGUAAAGAUAAGCUGUACUCUGAUCAAUCGAAGGCGAACACACAAAAGCGGAGUUUUCCCGUGCUAGCAGUUACGAGAGUCAGCUCUGGGAACUCUCUUCAGGAUAGAAGCAGUCCUAGCGUUAACCAUUCCUCACAUCACAAAAAGGCAUCAAACGACAAGGACGUGAGCGUGCUGUCGAGUGGGAAACAAACUUCAAAUUCUUUGGGAAAAAAGGACUUUGAUGGAGGUCGUCAUAAAUUAGGACAUGACAAAAAUAACAACAAUGUUAAUUAUUACAAAGAGGACGGGGACUACAUGAUGUUUAAUUCACAGGACCUUAAUGCCCAGUUCCAUGGGGACCCCAGUGCGUGCUCUUUGGGCGAUACAAGUGGAAAACAUUCUAGAAGGACGAGUGCUACAAGUACAGACACACGGACCUCAGUGGUGUCGCCGUCCGAGACUCCAACUCACAGAGUCUUACCUAAACCUUCCAUCGGAUCUGCUAGAUAUUUUUUCAACCAACAAGUCAAGGGAAUCAAACCCACCCCAGGGGAGGUGGAACUACAGCGGUUUAGGGACAGUUACGCAAAGGACCAAGCACAGAAAAAGAAAAAGUAUAAAUUGAACGUUAAUCAACUUCCGCGGAGUACGACUCCAAUUAACGACCACGACCCGGACAAGCUUAACAUGAAACAGGUCAUACAGUUUCUACAAAACCAAAAAGUGCCCGUAAAGUCUCAACGUCCUCAAGUUCAACUGAACAAAUCUUCCGAAAAACAGAUGUAUUUGGACGCAUCUAGAACUGCAAGAAAUAUAACAGUUUACAAACAAGAUACUGGUGCUAAAUACGAACAGCAACUGUUUGAAAAAGUAGUGAUGCACGACAAUUCCCGAAGGAAUAUUCGUGGCUCUGCUGUGAGUCGGGUAUCCAAUACCACAGCUAUUAGUACAAAGAGCACACCUAUUCUGGCUCAGAGUUCGGACAAACAUGCAUCCGGUUCAAAAACUACGUCCACAGCUAAAUCUAUGAUUGAGCGAUCCCACAGGGUCAAACGAUCUGACAAACGCUCAAAAGAGUUUAAAUUAUACCGCUUUUUGGCAGUGGUACCGGGAAACGAGACAAAGCCAUCCCCUGUUGUGUUCUCUUCCGCAGAUUCUGUAGUCGAGAAAAAGGAAUUCUCGACGCAUCGAAGUAAAUUUAAGAGGGAAAAGGUCAUUGUUAUUCCAAAAGAAGAUUUCGAACCGGAAAUUAAAUACCGGGCUUCACUAGACCGAGACUAUAUUGAUAGUGCCCGACAGGGUUAUUCUGAAAGUGGCAUUGACAGUGAUGUAGACUACACUGUGGGUUCCAGGUCAGAUAAAGUCAAGGUUCCAAGAACGGCAAACGUGGUGCACAGGAAGGCAAAGAAACACCAGUUGCGGCUGGACCGGGAGGAACUUGCCGACAGAAACAUGUCCGACUCUGAUAUGGAAGAUACUCGCCGCUCCAGCACCACAACCAAUGGAACUAUCCGACUUCCAACCGUGAACGACUUUCCGGACGACCAAUAUUCCGAGACGGAACAGGACGACGAUUCUGUUAUUCUCCGCACUGUAUUUAAUGUUAAUAAUGAUAACAACAACAAUUCACAUGUAAUAUUACGUCAUAAACCGGAAACGGAAAAACACACUCACCAGAUGUCACUUAGCAUGGAUAAUUACAAUUCUGUAGGACAUGCACCAAACCCGGCAUUUAGGGGAGCGGGGCGUGUUUAUAAAAACAAUAAGAAAAACCAGGUAGACAAUGGUAAUGCCCUUCGAAAAGUAAUGAUAAAUAUUCCUGAUGAAAACACGGACCAGACAGAUGUGAUUAAACUGACUCUCCGAAAGGAGAAGAAUGCUACAAGGCAAACAAGUUACAUGACAGAUAUGGUGGGGAAACACAGCCUCGGUAUGAUAUAUAACAGCGAGGCAUCCGAUGAUGGUUUUGACAGGAGUGUGAUUAGGAUAUCUACGGUAUCAAUGCAGCAAAGAACAGGAAAGGAUCAGGAUGAUCCGGCUGUUAAUCCAAGUAACUCAAUGGCCAAAAGUUGUAUUAAGGUUAGACAAAAGCUUAAGGCGAAUAUGUACAGCGAAUAAGUCUGUAUAUUUACCGUUAAAUAUUGUGUGUUCACCUACACUCACUUGUAGCGAAAGUUAGAUAUUUCUGUGUGUCAAAAAUUGAGUACCACCGGAUUAGAAGUUUCUUGUUCACUUAGUGGUACAUAUCAAGGGUAGUACCCAUUCGUCAUCUCAUUAGAACGCGGCUGUCAUAUUUAGAUAUUUGCUAGUAUGAAUUUUUCUUUAACUCAUUAUAUUAAUUGAAUUCGCGAUGUUGUGAAACUACAGUGAUACUAUCGCAACACCAAAACUCUGAAUUCUGAAUUCCACGAAAAAUCUCAAUCUUCAGGAAUUUAAACAAACAGCAAGGGUGUUACUUUGAUCUACUUGGUGUGUCCGUCAAACGAGAAUGUCUUUAGCACUAGCAGCGAAAAUUAGAUAUUUCUGUGUGUCAAAAAUGGAUUACCUCUGAAUUAGAAGUUUCGUGUUCAUUUCGUGGUACAGAUCAAUGGAAGUUUUCAUUUGUCAUCUCAGUAGAAUGCGGCUGCCUUAUUAUUUGCUAGUAUUUAUUUUUCUAAACAUCAUCAAUUAAUCAUUAUUUCAACUCGUGAUAUUGUACAAAAAUUACAGUGAUGCUAUCCCAACAUCAAAAGUUUUAAUUCAACGAAAAAUCUUAAUCUCCAUUAAUUCAUACAAACGGCAUGGAUGGGUAUUUUUGAUCUACUUGGUGUGUCCGCCGAAUGAAUGUCUUUAGCAGAAUAGUGGUAAUAUAGUUUGGUUGAAUACAAACCCUGUUAUUUUUUUUCCAUAAUUUCAUUCCGUCCCAUAAAACUCUGCUUUUAAAUAUUAAAGGAGAUUGAGUUUAAAGUUUUUCGCUUAACAAACGAUUACUCGUUACAUAGACGCACUUGGUUAAAGAUAUUCCAACAGGUAAUCAUGAGUUGAAACGGACUCAAACCAAAAUAUGUAUAUUUUAAAAUUCCAUUUAGACAUGUUUAACUGACAGAGAGGACGUCAAUCUUUCAAAUGAUAAUGACAGAUUAUAUAUAUUGGCUUCCAAUUCUAGCGCAACCAUGUAAAUCAACCAGUUCUUAAAUUGAUAUACUUAUUUAUGCAUCACAGCUAGUAAUUUAGUUCAGGAGAAAAUCUCGUAUUCUAUUUUAAAACAUUUUAUUUUUUAUUUUGACAUUUAAGAAAACUCGUACAUAUAUUUGAAGUUGUUAAAAGAUCAAACUGAAAUUCAAGUAGAUACCUCCAUAUAAAAGGAACAUAUUCGUUACACAUAUAAUUUAAAUUCUGAUAAGGUUGUUAUUACAACAUUUCGCCACUAAGUUAACAAAUGUUUAGACAUUAUGACUAUAAAGGCACUACUUGGUGUGUGGUUGAAAGUCAAUAAAUUGAUAAAAAAAAUGCCUGAUAAAAUAUUACCUUAGACGAUUUUCUUGCUUUAAUGGUUAUUUAUGGCUCUUUAAUUUAUCUAUUGAUGUAUUGGCUACAGAUAUUCCACUACUCAACACAAGCCAUAUUGAGAUACGUUGCGUUGUAGCUAGUAGGUAGGAGUGACUCAGUGUCGUUGACACAGUAUUGUAUGACAUAAGUAUUAUAAUUAUAGAUGUCGAACAUGAUUAAAAUGUUAUAUAUUACAA